UAAAGAAACAAAGCUAACCAAAGCCAAAGAGCAGAGACAGACGUUUUCAUUCGCAUCUCCUAUUCGCCGGACGGCGGACGCAAGACGCCGCAUCUCCAGGCUCCAGCUCUCCUCCGCAGCUCCGCUCCGCCGCUCGCCCUGCCGCCCCUGCGCAUAGCCUUUUCUACGCCGGUCGCCGCAUCGCCUUUGACCGUGGAAUACUCUCCAGUCUCCACGCCGCAGCCCGCAUAGCCUUCCAUUUCUUGACUGCUGAAUUGCUUCGGCGCAGCUGUCAAGGUUUGUAGCCAAAGAUUUGCACUGGAGUAGCUAGGGACUUUUGGAGAUGUGAUCAUGUCUUCCUUGAGUAGGGAACUUGUUUUCUUAAUCCUACAAUUCUUGAAUGAGGAGAAAUUCAAAGAGACAGUCCAUAAAUUUAAAAAAGAGCUUACUAGAAGACAUUAUCAACAAUCAAGAAUUAAAGGUAAGUUCAGCUUGGAGACCAGUGAGAUGGCUGGAACUGGAGUCCAUCAACUCGGACGGACGUUACUCGUUGGCGCCUCAGUAUUUGUAGGCGCUCUCUGUACUGUUGGAUCAGUCGCUGGUUUCAUUCUUCGCCGCAACUCUGUCCUCAAAAGAGAAAAACAUGGAAAGCUUUGUGGGGUAUGCAAAGGGAGUGGCUAUUAUAAGUGCAAGUUAUGCAAAUCAAAGGGUACAAUAGAAUGGUCACCACUGUAUGAUCCAGUGGUGAUCAACCCAUGUGUUUGUCCAACCUGUGAGGGAAACAAGGUUCAAAAAUGUCUCAACUGCUUGGGGUUUGGCCUUGUGUAGCAAGCACUUUUAGGAUACUAGGCACAUUCCACCUUGAAUUGCUCUAUUUCUUUAGAUGAAUGUGUGUAUGAUGCCAUAUGUGUUAUGGAAAUGUCUUACAUUAACAUGAAAAGUUUUUUAUAAUAAAUUAGUAUCACAUUUAUUCUAGAUUAAGAGAUAUAAAAUUGUAAUAUUUGACUAAAUUUAAAAUAGUUAUUAUUAACUUUGUACUAACAUUUAAUAUACUGUUUAAUAAUUUUACUUAUUUCCCUCA